AUGCUGCGUCCAGUUCCCAAUAUCGAAGACUACGGCAUCACUGCAGAGCAUGGUUUUCUUCCCGAACAACCACCUGCCACAGAGCUCCCAGCAUACUACGCACCAUGGGAGACGACCGUUGGGAAUCUCCAGCCGCUGAUACUGGCCGGAAGACUACGGAACACAAUUGAAAACAUGCCUGUGCUAUCCCUUGAAUAUCUUGAGUCUACUCCGGAAUGGCGACGUGCAUAUUCCAUCCUGGGAUUCCUACUGCAUGGGUAUAUUUGGGGAGGAGACCAACCCGCGGAUGUAAUGACCCUUUUUAUUUAUUUAUUUUUAAUUGUUAUUUUAUUUUUAUUUCUUUUUGGAGGUUUUCUCUUAUUUCCCCUCCAUCGUCAUCUCCUCCUUCAUGUCAUGUCCUAUAUUUCCAUCACCACUAUGAUCACCAUUAAUUUUCCGAUACAAGCCAGGGCUGCUGACAAAAUCUGCCUGCAGGAAAUCCCUCAGCCCCUUGCUGUCCCACUAUUGAAAGUUGCUGCUCACCUGGAGUUGCCGCCUGUGGCUACUUUCGCCGGUCUCUGCCUGUGGAACUACAGGCUUAUAUUCCCUGAUGAGCCUGCAGAUUCGCUUGAUAAUCUUGCUACUCUAUUCACCUUUACCGGCUCUCUGGAUGAGCAGUGGUUCUACCUUGUUUCCAUAGCCAUUGAGGCCAGGGGUGCCCGAUCCAUACCUCUCAUGCUCAAGGCCAUAGCUGCGGCUCGUGCUGACGAUGUGGCGGAAGUGACGGAGUGUUUGACCAAGUUCGCAGAAGUCGUUGACGAAGUAAACAUGGAACUCCAGAAGAUGUACAAACAUUGUGACCCACAUGUUUUCUACCAUCGCAUUCGCCCAUUCUUGGCAGGGAGCAAGGGUAUGGCCGAGCUUCCGCGUGGUAUCCUAUUCGACGAUGGGUCUGGCUUCCAGGAAUACAAGCACUAUCGCGGCGGAAGCAACGCCCAGAGUUCGCUGAUCCAAUUCUUCGAUAUCGUUCUAGGUGUUGAACACAGACCAACUGGCGAAUCUAGACCUAAACCAACCUCCUCGCCACUCCCAACAUCCUCUUCAAGUGAUGAGAGCGGAGAAGGUAGGAAAAGGUGGCAUAACUUCCUCAUGGAAAUGCGAACUUACAUGCCAGGCCCACACCGGAAAUUUCUCGAACAUGUCUCCAGCGUAUCGAACAUCCAAAAUUAUGUCCAAGCUCACCAGUCGAACACUGAGCUAGUCACAGCUUUCAAUACGGCUGUAGCAAUGGUCAAAGCUAUUCGCACAACCCACAUUACAAUGGUAUCACGGUACAUUGUUGUCAAGUCGCGCGAAGAGCGGAAUACAAAGGUCCCAACGUCAUCUCCAGUUACAGAAACAGGCUUAAACCGGCCUGAGUCUCAGCCAUUAUCAACUCCCGGCGGAAUGCUCAUGUCCAACAGGCCAUCGAAAGGCGAAAAGAAAGCGCCCCUUCGUGGCACCGGAGGAACAGCUCUCAUUCCUUUCUUGAAACAAGCCCGGGACGAGACCGGCGAAGCAGCCAUUGGGCCGUGGGCCAAGAAACUUCUGGAUAAAGCUGGCGUCCAGGCCCCCAAGGUGGCCUCCCUGUCUAAACUUGACGAGCAUGCUGAUGGACAAAAGCAAAUCGUUGGUCUAGCUGGUACCUGGUCUAUGGAUGAAGGUGAAGGCGGUCUUUGUCAUUGGUAA